AUGUACGUCUUCCAAACCCUCCUGUUGUUCCUUCUUCCUCUUCUAUCGUCCUCCCAAACACUCUCCGUCGACGUGCGCGAAGCAACAAUUUCAUCGCUCCACACGUCCCUGUACGCAGGACUCACAACCUGCCGAGAAAUCGUCAGCGCUUUUCUCGCUCGAAUCGAACACUUCAACCCGAGCAUCAACGCCAUCAUCACGCUAAACCCGUAUGCCCUGGACAUCGCCGACUCCCUUGACGAGUCUCUCUCACGAGGCAACGCGACGGGACCCCUUUUCUGCAUCCCCAUCCUCCUAAAAGACAACUACGAUGCCCUCCCCAUGGCCACGACCGGCGGCUGUCUGGCCUUGAACUCGUCCAUGCCCACCCACGACAGUGCCACUGUGACGGCCUUUCGUCGCGCCGGAGCCGUCAUCCUGGGCAAAACCAACCUCCACGAACUGGCUCUCGAAGGCCUCACAGUCUCCAGCCUAGGCGGCCAAACGCUGAAUCCCUAUGACUUCUCACGCACGCCUGGCGGAAGUUCCGGCGGGACCGGCGCCGCCAUCGCCGCCUCGUUCGCAGUACUCGGCACCGGCACCGACACCGCCAACUCGCUCCGCAGCCCCGCGAGCGCCAACAACCUCUUCAGCUUCCGGCCGACCAGAGGCCUCAUAUCACGCGCAGGAGUCCUCCCCGUCACGUACACCCAGGACGUGGUCGGCGCCUUCGGCCGCUGUCUAAUGGACAUCGCAACAGCCUUGACCGUGAUGGCAUCCGUGGGCUACGACGCCACCGACAACGCGACGUCGGCUAUCCCGCCCUCUGUCAUAGGGACAGACUACACGACAUUCCUGACUCUAGGCCACGCGUCGAACCUCUCGGGCACACGCAUCGGCGUGAUCGAGUCCUUCUUCAACCGGACACGCAGCGACGAAACAGACCCCGUCAACCGGGCCAUGGACAAUGUAAUCUCGCUGCUCCGCGCCCAAGGCGCCACGGUCAUCAGCAUCAACGACCCCAUGACCUACAACAUCACAGCGAUCGGUGCGGAGAUCGACGUGCAACGACUCGAAUACCGCGAAUUACUCACCAACUACUUAUCCUCACCAGACCUCCAGGGCCGUCGCCCGCUAAACAUGGCCCAGCUCUACAUGCCGAACCCGACUGACCCUCAAUUCCUCGUCAUCCCCACACAGUACUCGUACAUCGAAACCUCUCUAGUCUCCUCGACCAGCAACAUCAGCUACUUCGCCAGACAAUCGCAAAUCGCCAAUCUGACGCGCGCCGUCCACACGACGCUCCUCUCCAACGACCUCACCUGCCUCAUCUACCCGGAACAAAAGAACCUCGUAGUGCCCGUGGGCUCGCCGUCGCAGACCGGCCGCAACGGGCCCCUCGCGGCACUAACAGGCGACCCUGUUGUCACGAUUCCGGUUGGCUUCUCGCCCGCGACGGCAAGUGCACCGAUCGGCAUCCCCAUCGGCAUGGAGAUUUACGGGUUGCCCUGGACCGAAGGGAACCUCCUGGGCGUGGCCAAGGCGAUUGACGAUAGAAUGCACAUGCGCAAGAUGCCCGUGACGGGUAGACUGAAUGACAUUGUCGAAGUGAGCAGAGCGAUGACUCAAGUUCCGAGCAUCACGCCGCUGAAUAACAUCCCCUCAUCCUAUCCGUUGGGCGUGUAUUGA